AUGUCUUCAUCAACCUCGUUGAGACGCAAAGAUCGCGCGGCACGGUAUCGAAUGGACCAUCAGGGUGACCCAAGUGCUGUUCAUGGUUAUGUCGAUAACCCUGUUCUUCAACAUCCCCCGAGGUAUCCUGGUCCACAGAAUGCCUCGGGCUACUACUACCCCAAUCCGUACUCGGCUUAUCCUUACCAGCCACAGAAUCCUUAUCCCGUCCCAGGUCGACCCCCUUAUGACGGCCGAGGUAAUGGUUAUCCAUAUCCGUGCUAUCACUCUUACCAACCUUCGCCGCAAUACUCAGCCUCUACACCUGUUCCCUAUCCACCUGCACCCAAUGCUCCGGGGUAUUAUCAAGGAACGACAUUUACUCCCGGGUUCAACUCUUCUUCUGGCUACUAUUUCCAACCGAGUCCAGUCUAUCAACAAAAUCAGUUCCAAUACCCAGCGGAGAUGCCCGUUAUGCCUUCGUAUGAGGCAUAUCCGAACAUGAGAGCUGAAGAUCAUAACUCUCGAAUCUCUGAGGCGAAUUUUCUCCAGUUAUUGCGUCCAUUCGCUCCGGCCCCUCGUUCUUUUCCACAAUCUCGACCUUUGGUGCCUACCGUGGCCCCCUUUCAACCAUCAUCGACACAAAAAGACCCCGUGAUGGAAAAGCAGAACCCUCUGAGAUCCGAACACCCCAGUUCUCAGAUACCCAGCCUCGUGGAGCCAGUCCAAGCAGUGCGACUGACUAUGGAAGAUUUUCCAGCGCUCCCGAAGUCUCAGGCUAGCGCGGCGCCUCUCAAGGAAAAGCAUGCCACGAAGGUAAUGGAGGUACCAGGCCAGGGUAAAACAGUGGCUACAUCUUUGAGCGAGGGUUCGAAUAUCCCACUUCCUUCCCAAGAUACCCCCGCAAUGGAUACCGGUUCUCGUCCUAUCAAGCCCAAACAGGUUGGCGCCAUAUCUCGAGUGAAAGCAAUUCCGAUAAAUGAGACGACCACGGUACAGGCAGCUGCGGCCACCAACCCCUCAGCAUCCGACCCUAGCUCUGGUAGUAGAGAGGGACCGAUCGAGCCACCUGCAUUGGUUGAUGAUGGCAUUUUGUUUGCAGGCCCAGCACGACCCGAGACAGGGCUUAGCCUGCGGCCUGCGGGCCUUCAUCCUGCUCCUGAUCAGGCUUCUGCGGCUUCUGAAAUCUCGAAUACUGGCUACGCUCACACCCAUGCCGCCUCAGCUGCAGUUCGCGCUCCACCUGGUAUCGAAUGCUCGGAUGAACGUAGGUUGCAAAACCUCAUAGUUAUGGAGUCUGAAGCUGAGAUCAUGGAUCAUUUCACCGCAGAUCGUGUCGAGGAAUGGAGUCAAAUGUGUCGACAUGCUCAUAAGAACACGCCUUUACACAGGGAUGUUGAAUUUUGGCGCAUGGCCCCUGGGACAAAUCUCUAUGGCUCUGGACCACUUAAUCCUGCAAGCCCUUCUCUGGCCUUCGACAUUGAGAAAGAAUACAAUCAUAUCCUGUGGGACCCAAGCCACAGGUUCUGGGAUACACCAUCGAAUUCUCGAAUGUCGCCUACCCACAUCCUAGCUGCUGACCCCCAAACCCAGCAGCUGGUAUCGGUCUUCGAAAUCGCUUGCAAGAGACUGUGGAGUUAUGCUGAUGGAUACUCCAAUUUUCAAAAACCCUCAGUUUUCCCUCCGACUGGACAUCGUUACGUAGAGGGUCGUAUCCCACACCACCAGGCCAAUUUUGUGGAUCUUCAAGGUAUUCCUGACUGGAAAAUUGCAGAGGUUCGCGAUAAUCACCAAGUUCAUCAGGAUUUUCGAAACAACGCUUGCCAUGUGCCAUACAUGGGACCACCAAUAGCCAAUUGCCCACCUCCCUAUGGAGAUUCGCUAAGAGCCAGAAUACCUCGUAUGGACAUGGCUACCCCCUUUCAUCCCUCUCAUCAUCUAGACCAUCACCUACAGUCUUUCUCGGCAGCACCCGGGAAUUCUGCACAGAUACAACGGGGUAUAAACAGCCCAAGCUCCUACUGGGAUUCUGACGACUACCCUGCCCCAAGGUCCUUACUUCGCUCGGACAUCUCUGUUCAGUCCCAUUACUCUGCCUACUCAGACAUGCAUAAUAACGAAAGCACUCAGCAAUCGAUGAAUUCUGUUGAGAACCCGGCAUCCUAUUAUGAUUUUGUCGAGGGUCCAAGCAGAGCCGAGCCUCCACGUAUCAUGAUCGAGGCAUGGGAGCCAGAUCAAACCCCACGACCCUCCUUCGCAAGUUGCGUCAUAAGCCCCCGUUCUUUUGGGAGUAGAGAUUGCAUGGAUAUCGUCGCUGACUCGACUAUCAUUGCUGACUCAAUUCUCGAGGAGCGUCCUCCACACCCGCUCUACGCUGCUGCCCGUGAUAUUGCCCUCGCUCGUUAUGGAACGCAAGUUCCUGACGGGUCUCCUAGCCCUCUCCCUCGAAGCAGCAACAGACGAUGA